AAUGUAAACGUUUUAAGCUGUAUUUCCGUAUUCUGGAAGUCAAGUUUCGUCUCAAGUAAGUUCUGAUUGCUGAGUAUAAUACUUUGAAUUAAGUUCAGCAUGAUUUCUAAGAUUCUCGAUAUAUCUACGUAAACGUGAUCAGAAAAGAAAAUUCAAUUAAAUGCAUUUAAACAAAAAAUGAUUAAACGUAAUUUAUAAUAUGCAACAACAGAUCCAUUGACACGUUUGGAGAUCAACAUCAGGAAGAACCUCCGGAUUCCCAACCGACAUGAGUCGAUUUCGUGACAAGAAUGAAGUUCAAUAUAAUGGCCUGAAAAAUCAAGGUGCCACCUGUUACUUGAAUGCAGUAUUGCAAUGUCUAUUUAUGACAAAAGAAUUCAGGGAUGCAGUGGAGAGUUAUGAAAAAGCCCCUGGAGAUUGUGGUGGUGGGGAAAAUCUGUUGUUACAACUUAAGAAGCUGUUUGAACAACUUUCCAAAAAUGAAGCCACAACUGAAGGAGUAACUACCAGUCUUGGCAUACAAAAUGUUUGUGAGCAACAAGAUGCAGUGGAGUAUUAUCGGAAAAUUUUAAAAGCAGCUGGUACACUUGUCUCUAAGGUCUUUGAAGGUAAAAUAAACAACAUAACAAAGUGCAUAGUGUGUGACCAAAUCAACAAGAAAACCAACUCCUUCAUCUCAAUACUUCUGCCCAUCAAGGGUGAAAAUAAUGAGCAGCAUACAGUGGAAAAAUGUCUGGAGACCUUCUUUAAACAUUCAAGCUUAGACCAGGAAGACUGGAUGUAUUGUGACAGGUGUGACCAAAAAACUGAAACAGAGAUUUGGAGCGAAAUAGAAGACUAUCCCACUGUUAUCACUCUUCAAGUGAAGAGGUUUGACUUUGAUUACAUGCAGAUGAGAUAUGUGAAGAACACAUGUGCACUUGAUGUACCUUUAAGCCUGGACAUUGGGGAUGAUAAAUAUGAUCUUUAUGCUGUUGUCAACCACAAAGGUGGAUACAGUGGGGGACACUAUGAGGCUCUCAUCAAAUCUUAUGAAAAUCAGAAAUGGUACAGUUUUGAUGACCGCGCUGUUUGGGAGUCAGAAGCUUCACUGCAAGGCUCAAGGCUAUCAUACAUGUUGAUGUACAGAAAAGAUGAUCCAUCCAAAAAUAAGAACACUGCCGCUUUGAGUCCGAUUGGCCGACCUUUAGCAUUACAUCUGAGGAUCCUUCUGCUAGGGCAACCCGGCUCUGGGAAAAGUUCAGUAGGUAACCUCAUCCUUGGUGGGAAUUACUUCCCAUUAUUUCCCAAAUAUGGAUUGGACACUGGCAUCAUGGAAGAGACGAUUAAUGAUAUCACUGUUGUGGACACUCCGAAUCUCUUUCGCCUAACCCCAGUGAGUUGGGCAAAUGCACUUAAGAGAUGUGUGAAGUUAUGUCACCCUGGCCCUAAUGUGAUUCUUUGGGUAGCACCAAUAUCCCAAUUCAGCAAGCACCAGCAAGGUCUUUUUCAUAACAUUAAAAAACGACUCGGUUCUGGGAUUGUUAAACACAUGAUGAUUAUCUUCACAAAUAGCAGAGAAUUUAAAGACGUUGACAAUGUUAUCUCCAAACCGAAAGUCAAAAAAGUGGUAUGUGCUUGUAAAAAUAGGUACCAUGUGAUUGACAUUAAUCGUCACAAACAGGUCCCAGAACUGGUUGAGCAACUCAUCAAGAUGGUUAAAGAUAACAAAGAUAGCUACUGCACUUUUAAAAAGGCGAUUAUGAAAGCAAAAAAGUCCCUUAGAGCACAACGUUAAAUCUGUUUUGCAUCAGGAUUGUAAGGCAAAGUGGUUUUAUUUGUCUUGCAGACAACAUACAAAGGAAGUGAAUAGUAUCAGCACUUAUUGUAUUAAAUCUACAUUCAAAACAGCAUGAGAAACAGGCAUUGUGUGUAUUGAUUAAAUCUGUGCUAAAGUAGGCCUACUGACUUUUUUAGGUGUAAAUUGAAGGUUCAUGACAAUACUAUUAAUCUUAUGUUGUCAAUUUGAUUUACUUUGUGUCAGAUAUUCUCAGGUGCCACUGAACAAACUUGUCAAAUUUUCUUUAUUGUUUCUUUUUAAAUAUUGUGGGCCAUUUACAUAGUAUUUUGAUGUUGGCAAAUUCUUUUUUGGUAAAAUAACAAAAAAAUUUAUGUAUUACAAUUAAUAAAUAUCUUGUUGUUAAGUUACCACCGAAAAUAAACAACUUAUCUUAACAUAUCUUAUAUCAGAAAGCAUAUUAAAUAAAAUAAAUUUGGAUAGUU